AUGGCCAGCAAGCCUUCACGCCGCGCUCAGCUUCGCGGCGCCGCGAGCGCGUCCCCCAGUGAGGGCACCGCGGGAGCAGCGCUUCCGCCUUCGCUGUUCGCCAAGGGCCCCUUCCCCUUCCGCGCUGCCCUCCUCGCCUCCGCCGCCCCCGACUCGCUUCCGCCAGGCCCUGGCGGGGCAGCGCAGGCGGCGGGCGUCGAGACGACGGACGGCGGUCGCACUGACACGGUUCGCUGCGCCGAGGGCGCGGAGGGGAGGGGCGAGAGUGACGGCAGCGAGGGGUUGAGCGGCCAGCGGCGAGGGCUGACGUGUUGGAGUUGCGGGGAGGCGUUUGAUGCCGUGGCGGAGCAGCGCGCGCACUUCAAGAGCGACUGGCACCGCCUCAACGUCAAGCGCCGCGCCUCUGGCCGCGCAGUGCUGUCCGAGGAGGCCUUCGCGGAGCUGCUGGACGCCAGACGCGCGGGGGAGGGCGGAGGAGAGGGGGGAAGGCACAGGGGCAGGCAGGGCAGUACGGAUGCCGUGGGCGCUGCUGUGAGUGGCGGGGCGGGCGGGGCAGUAGAGGAGCAGCAGGGGGAGGGGGGAGGCGAGGAGGACGAUGACUGGUCGAGCAUUUCCGGGUCGGAGGACGAGGAAGGGGGGGACGACGCGGACGAGGGGCAGCAGCAGCAGGGGGAGGGCAGGGUGGCAGGGGCAGGGCGCGGGGCGAAGGUGCGCUCUUCCCUCCAGGUGCGCUCUUCCCCCCAGGUACCCACCUCCCCACUGUGCCCACCUCCCACCUCCACUGUUCCCUGCUGUGCCCAACUCCCCCCUUGCUCCCCUUCCUUCCCCGUCUUCCCCUGCCCGGCUACUCGCCUCUGCCGCCCUGCCCCCUCAGAGGAGGGCGCGGACCUGCUGCAGGCGCUCGUGGCGCUGGGGGAGGGGGCAGGGGGGACGGACGGGGUAGCAUUCAGAGGAGGUGGGGAGGGGAGUGCGGAGGCUGGGGAAAAGGAUGGGGGAAGGAGCACGGGGGGUGCCUUGGUGAAUUCAGCGAGGGGCAAGGCAGGCGGGGGUGCAACACAGGUGGAGGCGGGGAGAGGAGGCACGCCGGUGGUGAAGUCGGGGGUUCAGGAGAGGGACGGCGGGGGGCAAGGCGGGGAGCGCGUGUGGGUGGUGGUGCUGAGCUCGGGGGGGCACUUCGCUGCCGUGGUGGUGGACGCUGCCUCUUGGGGCGCCGUGCUCGCCCACCGCUCCUUCCACCGGUGCGUGCAGGGAGGGGGGAGGAGGAGGAAUGGAGGGGAGGGGGGAGGAAGGGGACGUGUGUGUGGCACACAUGCAUGGGUGGUGGGGUUGGACGUCACAGUGGGAGCAUGGGGGAAUGACGUGUGGGGGCACUGCGAGGGGAAGGAGGAGCCGUGUGACAUGGAGUGGUACGUGGUGCGAGCCAAGGCGGGGGGGCGGCAGGCAACGAGGGACGGAGCGGGCAGGGCGCCGCAGUCAGCGGGGGCGAGCCUGAGGCGCUACAACGAGGCGGCGCUCGUCAAGGACAUCCGAGCCCUGCUGCAGCGCUGGCAGCCCUACCUGGCUCAAGCGCAGUUCAUCUUCGUGCACGCCACCACACCUAACCGCGCUGCACUCUUCGGCACCGCGGCAGAGGCCCAAGCUAGUCGGGGCACAGCGGGGGCGGGGGCAGUGCUGCUGCAGGCGCGCGACCCGCGGGUGCGGAGAGUGCCGUUCCCCGUGCGCCGCCCCACCGUCAAGGAGGCGCUGCGCGUGGCGCACUCGCUGGCACACGUGCACGUGCUGGGUUGGGCGCAGGGGGCCGAGGGGGGCGAGGGCAGGGCGGCGGGGGUGGGGUGUGAGGAGGGGGGAGAGCUGGCUGUGGCUGGCAAGGGGGUGGUGGCAGUGAGUGGGGGGGAGAAGGGGACAGAGCGCAGCGAGGGAGAGGGUGGGGUGCAGAUGGGUGAGAGGGAGGUGGAGGAAAGGUUGCGGGGCACUGGGAGGGAGGGCGACGGGGAUGUGGAGUUGAAGGGAGAUAGGGAAGGGGAGGAGAGAGGAGAGGCGAGUGGGGCCAGUGGAGGGGAGGUGGAGGAGAAGGAGGCAGCGGGGAAAGGGUGGUCGUGA